AUGGAAUCAACAACUGUACCGACACCACCAAUCACACCAGCACCGUUUGGUGGCGUGAAGCCUCUGUCCGAAGGGCUUCUCGCCAUUGAGCCCGCUAGCGUUGCCGAUGCUCCAGCGAUGGCAGUAGUCGGUGCCACCGUGUUCACCGAGACCUUUGGGCACUCUGUUUCGAAGGAAGAUCUGGCGGAGUUUCUGUCAUCCACUUACUCAGCAGAAGCAAUGGUUGCUGAGCUCGCAGACCCUACCAAGGUGACUCUAGUCGCGCGGAGCACUCUUGGAAAAGUAGCUGGCAUUGCCCAGCUCCAUCGAGGGCAAACGCAUCCCAGCGUACACGGAACUACUCAAGACCUCGCGACACUGCAGAAGCUCUACGUCGACUCAUCUAUGCACGGCCAGGGUAUUGGCACCAAGAUUGUCGCUUAUGUCGAGAACCUGGCUCGGUCAGAAGGUUUCAAGCAGCUUUGGCUCACAGUUUGGGAAGAGAACACCAAAGCCCAGAAGCUGUAUGAGAGGCUCGGUUAUACCAAGUCAGGAGAGACAGAGUUUGUGACAGGAUCUUGCAUUCAGACGGAUUACGUCUUUGCAAAGAAACUAUAA